GUGGUAGUAAAUUGUGUAAAAUGGCGAAUUGCGGUUGUUGUACGACAGUAGUAUUCAUUCGAAUGUUAAGAAAAAAAUGAUGAAAGCAGGCUAGGAAUAGGUAGAGGCGGUGAGAAUCGUACUCGUUAUUAAAACGUGGACAAUCGUGUUUUUAAAUCGUGGUCCUUCUGGCCUUUUGUGAAACUUUCGUUUUUCUUAAAAGACUUUUCGACGACCGACAAAAGGCUGCCGUGUCGAAACGCGUGAACGAAAGGAAGAGUGUGAAAUAACUCUUAAGGAAGAGAAAACGAAAGAUACAGGAAGAAAGGAACAAGUGUGUUGAGAGAAUCUCAUAGACUUCUCAGGCCAAGUUUUUCACGGCACCCACACGUAAAAAAAAAUGACGUGACUCUAGUGCUCGUGUUUUGGGCAACAAAAUGAUGCAAAUUGAAGACGUUCCGUGAAGAGAAGCGAAUUAAUAAAUAAGUUGAAAGAGAACAAGAAAGAAAGGGGUAGACGAAAGAGGAUCAGGUGUUUUUUUUUUGUUUGGGUUAUUGAGCCAUACAAUAAUAUGGCCCAGUACUACAAUCUUGUGACUGGCACCAGUGUUCCUAUUAUGGUCGAGGAUGUUCAGCAGAUUUGUGAUGGACAGAGCAUUCAACUGGUAGUCGAAGAUAUAAACAAUUGUACAAACGGUGGCCAACAAUAUUUGACUUACACCACCGGACUGGCGCAUAAUGAAGGCAGUUUCAUACCCCAGAGAGCGAUCGUCGGAGGCCAGCUGACGGGUGUACCAAUUGAUCAACGGCAAAACGUUUACAUAAUCAACACUAGAAACGAUUUGCAACAGAGCAGUCUAAAGGCCGACGUUGUACACGCGAAUGUGUCAACUGAAGGUAUCGUGAAUAUCGUUGAUGAAAGAGGAAAUCAAUACGUGAUCGCAGGUACGAAAUUACCUCUAAAUAAUAUUCACGAGCCGCAACAACAGCACCAACAAAUACAGUGGAUAAGUAUGCCGGAAAAUAAUAUUAAUUACGAAGGAACAGUAAAGCCUACAACUGCCGCUGUUAAAUUGGCUCCUGCGGUGAGAAAUCCCCAGCAGAGAAUUGCACCGGCGCCCCAGGUUCAGGAACAAUUUUCGGGCACUCCAGUAGCACAAUACGUCGGUCCGGGACCAUCGGAGAAGAAAGCAGCUCCCAGAUUGUAUAGAAACAAAGGGCGAGGUUGCGUGACCGGGGGUGGACCACCGCGACAGUCAUUGCCAGGAGUCGAUUCGAACCCUGUAGUGAAGGGAAUAGUGGGACAGCAGCGUUCAAAAAGUUUAACGAAGCCUCAAUUGGCGCAGAGUACGGGAGGAGUUCAAGGGUCAUCGACAGAUUCGCCCGGUGUGGAACGUGCGAAUUCGAAUUUGACGAACAAUCGAACUAGUGGAGUAAACAAUAGUUCGAGCGCGAGUAUUCGAGGAAAAGGUUUCGGUUCGACGGGCGCUCCAGUGCAAAACAUGAAUUCCCGAGGCACGACACCCGUGAGGAGUGGAAUUAUGUCUCGAAACCCUGACAAUCCGAAAAACUCGUUAAACUCACCGGCCCAAGUUAUGAAGAAUCUUUCAGCCGCGCAUUAUCCCGCGAUGGAUUCGUUGAGCGAGAGAAUAAAACAAGCGAAAUUACAAAAAGUCAUGCCGACUCCGGGACUGCAAGCUUUGAACGUGCCUAAUUCGCCAACCGUGCCAACGCCGACAGCACGUCCGCCGUUGCACGGUGUUCCUACGAGGUCUGUGCACCAAACGACUCCAAUCUCACAACGACCGAUGGCUACUACGAAUCCAGCGACUCUUAAUCAACGAGCAAAUACACAAACACCCGGUGAAAAAUCUUCCCUCGGUUGCACCCGACAUCGACUCGGUGCUUCGCCAAACCUAAAUCAACAACAACCACAACAACAACAACAACAACAACAGCGUCGCGCAACGACCAAAACUCCGCAACAAUCACUCCUUCAAGAUUCCCGCCAUAAAAUUGAAAUCGUCAAAAAACAAACACCCUCAUCCCCACAAAAAUACCAAAGAGAGACUGCUCAAUCAACAAACACGAGUUCAGCCUCCGGAAACGCCUCCGAAAGCGAUGAGAAAAUGGAAAUCGACAGUAUUACGUCCGAGUGUACCGUCGAUUCGGACAACCCCAACAAUCACGAACAAGAACAACCGAACGAUGAUAACGAUGGAUCCUCCAGUUUCGCUUUUUUACAGAAAGUCAUCGAUAGUCCACACGAAACUAUCGUACAGAGUCAAAUCGCUGGCAACACUGUAAAAAUGCUUGUUGUUUUGCAAAAUGGAGAACAGAGACUCAUCACUUUUGAUAUACCAAAUGAACCCUGCACUGUUCAGGAUCUUUUGGAACAGGCCAAUAUUUCCUUCGGCGAAAUGACAUGCGUUUCCCUUGUUUCGGAUCGCAUUCUCGGAAUAAAUUACAUAGUCGAAGGCGGUGCCCACAUGGCUCCAAAUUGUCAGGAUUCCAAUGACUCCGGCGAAGGUGAAACGCUUCAAGAAAAUUCAGUUGCAUCGCCGGAUAGUACCUCUCCCAAUUUCGCAAUCGCCGAUGAGAACAGUAAUUCCUCGGUUACGCCGAAUGAGGAGCCUAAGUUCGUGGAUGGUAAACUCGCAGUGUGUCCGAAUUGCGGUAUAAGUUCGCCCGAUUUUCAUCGCUGUUCUCGGUGUAAGAGGAUAUUACCGGACAAUGUUAAAUCAAUACCGAUGACUCCGGACACGCAGGCAAAUAAGAAGGAGACGAUGAUGUCGAUCGACAAUUUUUAUAAAAAAGCACAUGAGCAACACGCCUCGUUGAAACGUGAAGCUUCUUCGUCGAAAGUGGAGUCGUCGAGAGGUAAAAAACCAGCUGCGAGGGGAGGACGUCGGCCUGUGGCGAAAACGCGGCCAGUCAAAGAACCAGAGUGUCUGACCAUUUCAUCGGACGAGGAAGACGGUGACGAAAAGGCGAGAAAAUGCGAUUCGAACAUGAGCAGCGUUUCGACUUUAUCAGGCUGUGGAACGAACGCGAUCGACGAUAUGGACACCAUAUUGGAAAAAGAGCCAGUUAUCACCAACAGUUCGUCGAGCACUUCGACAGAUUGUACAGUAGACUCUGAGGGAGGAGUGAAAGGUGGAGGCAGAGAAGAUGACAGCAUGGAGGAUGGUUCGGGUCAGAAACCUCAGACUUCUUUGAUUUGCCGUACAGUUAGGAUAGGAUCGUACAAAUAUGUUCCAAGAGAGGGAAUCACUAUUUCGCAGAGUGGAGUAAGGUUGGCCGUGCCAUUGUUGGAAGACGAGAACAGUUUCGUCAAUCUCGAAAUAAAAUACAAAGAGAUCGUUAAAGUGUUGAUACACUUUGGCAAAAUGAUGCCGGUGCUGUUUUUCUACACGUCGACGAGUUCCGCUGCGGCGAUUCGAGAAGUUCUUGGAAUGCAAGAUCCCAAAGGUCCAUAUUACGAUCCCGCCGGUCGAGAUAACACUCAUAAACGAAUAACACUAUUGCCGGAAAUCCUCGAACCGGAAGCAAAGAUUAUUUUGAAGGGUUUAUUCAUGCCGGACGAUUUGUUGGUUGAGCUAACACCUAAAGAAGCCAACGAUAUUCUCGUUCGUUGUUCUCCGAAAGACGCCACCAAUCCGGCUCUGGGAAAUUUAAUCAAGAAACCGAAUCAAUUGACAAAUUCGACAACUCCGGGCGUUAAUGGAUCUGGUGCGCAACAAUAUCAAAUAAUGACAGUGUAUCCACCUCCGCCGUCGAAAGGAGGAAUAGCGAUAAAUACGGAGGACUAUGUUUGUCUUGGAGAAGACCAAUUCUUAAAUGACGCGAUCAUAGAUUUUUAUCUGAGAUAUUUAACUCUGGAGGUGCUGUCCGAAGCGGAUCACAAUCGUACCCACGUGUUUAGUUCAUACUUUUACAAACGUUUGACGAGUCCCCACGCCCAAGUUGGUGAAAGUUCGCCCGCUCUAACUCCGGCCGCACGUAGACACGCGAGGGUUCAGAAAUGGACGAAGAACGUGAAUAUUUUCGAAAAGGAUUUCGUCAUCAUACCGAUCAAUGAGCACGCUCAUUGGUUCCUAGCGAUAAUUUGUUAUCCCGGCCUCGUCGGUAAAGUGAUAGCGGCGCCACAACCACCAAAAGAAAAAAGCGCACAAAAAAUCCAGAAGAACAAAAAAUCGAAAGAAAUGAAAGUUCAAGCCGUGACGAUCGGCAACACGACCAUCACUCCGGUCACCACAACGAUAACGAUCGAUCAGAUGGACGAGGGAUCCGAAAGAGACGAAGCCGAGGGCGAUGACGAGGAAAUGGAAAUGGACAGUGACGAAGAUGAGGAAACGGAAAAUCAGGACGAAAAUACUGCAAAACCGCCACAAAAUCUCCCCACACCAACGAGUGCAGAAUUAUAUCAAAAAGCUACUGUGAAGAUACCUUGUAUACUGAUAUUCGAUUCGCUGGCCGGUGCUAGUAGAUCGCGGGUCGUCGCGACCCUCCGCGAUUAUUUAAGUUGCGAGCACGUUGCAAAAGUAGGUACGGAAAAAGUCUUUUCAAAGGACACGAUCAAGGGCUCAUCGCCAAAAGUUCCGCAGCAAUCGAACUUCACGGAUUGUGGUCUUUACUUGUUGCAAUACGUCGAGAGUUUUUUCCAGGAUCCAAUAAAAAAUUACACGCUGCCAAUAAAAACGUUGAAAACUUGGUUCGAGGAGAUCGUAGUUACGAGAAAGCGCGAAGAAUUGGCAAAAUUACUCGUCAGGUUGAUGAAUCAAACGAAAGGCGAUAAAACGAUAACUCUCCCGGUUGUACAAUUUCCAACGCAUGACGGGAAACUCAGGCCAAAACCAGAAACUCCUCCCGAAUCGAAGACACCGAAGAGCGAGAUUGAAGCGAAGAAAAAAUCAACGCAGAGCAUAAGCAAUCCGUCGCAGUCGCAGUCGAUCAGCGCUGACGAUAAAACAAGAAUAGUCGCUCUGAGCACCAGCAGCGUAUUGACUACGACCGAAAGCAUCGGUGAAAAGUCGGAAAUCAUCACCAAAACAACAACCGUUUAUCAAAUUAUGAGUCCACAAUCGUCCAGCAGCAGCGUUUCGUCUGGAGAUAGCUCGCAGGAAUCUUUAUUCGAUUCUAAACCCAAAACACCGAGCGGUACAUUAUCAUAUUUGAGAAACAAACGAAUACCGAGGCUAAUGACGCGGGAGCAAGAGGGCCAGGAGAAUCAGCCGACGUCAGCGAAGAAAUACAAGAGUGAGAACGAGAGCGGGCUGAAGAGUACGAGCUCGGUGGGGCAAGCGGUGACAGCCUCAAAAGCCGUGAUCGCAACAAACAAUGAUUCCUGUAAAUAAAUUAAUCCUUUCCUCAUCAUUAUUUUCCAUUCGCUCAUAUCCCGUGUCCUUGAUUAAAAAAAUCGAUUUAAGCAAAAGAGCCAGCCCUCAAUCUCUUCGAUUUUGUGGCCGAGCCUCCUCCUCCUCCUCGUCCUUCCUCCACUCAUAGCCCAUUGCCCACCUUUUUUAUAAUUGUAUCCCUCGGAAAACGAAACAUAAGGAAAAAAAAAACGACGCAUACGAAAAAACACUGGAAAUGUCGGGCAAGUGCGACGACAAAGACCGAUCAAUGAUUUACCUAUGUAACAAAGUAUCUAGGACUAGUAUACUUCGUAAGGUAAAUAAAAAUAACGAAAAGAAAAAAAUAAUGAAAACACAAAAAAACUUAGACGCGAGUCUCAAGACUUUAUCAUUGUAUUUUUAAAAUUCCAUUUUAUGCUUAUCGUUUCUUAUUUUUCCGCAUCAGAGACACGAAUAUCUCGAAGUUAUAAAAAAAAAGGCGGUGAAACGCACCGAGAAAUAAAGAGAAAUGCGAGGUGGAAGCGAACAGAAAA